ACCUUUCACCAACCAACACAAUUCAACAAUGCCGGAAAAGUCAAGUUUUGAACUGGUAUAUUCAGUCGAAGCAGAUGGAAAUAUACCAGUAUCAAAAUAUAGAUCUAAUAAAACUGGUCUCACUAUCUUCAUAGCUGAUGUUGGAGGUCCUCUUGUCAAUGGAUACUUCUGUCUUGCCACAGAAGCUCAUGAUGAUGAUGGUCUGCCUCACACAUUAGAACAUCUUAUUUUCUUAGGAAGUGAAGAAUAUCCUUAUAAGGGUGUACUUGACUUACUAGCCAACAGAUGUUUAGCUUCAGGAACCAAUGCCUGGACAGAUACAGACCAUACUUGUUAUACCAUGACCAAUGCUGGUAGUGAAGGUUUUCUCAAACUCUUGCCAGUCUACGUGGAACAUGUUUUGUAUCCAACACUUACGGAAUCUGGAUUUAUCACUGAGGUUCAUCAUGUAUCAGGUGAAGGAGAGAAUGCUGGGGUUGUAUACUGUGAAAUGCAAGGCCGAGAGAACACUGGAGAAAGUCGAUGUCACCUUGCCAUGCUCAGAGCAUUGUACCCAGGAAAGUGUGGUUACAAAUCUGAAACAGGUGGCAUAAUGAAGAACCUUAGGGAGAGUACAUCACAUCAGAAGGUAUGCGAUUACCACAGAGAUUACUACAGACCAGAAAAUUUAUGUCUAAUAAUCACAGGUCACAUAAAACCAGAGGAAGUGUUUGAAACCUUGGGACCACUGGAGGAGAAAAUUUUAGGAAAGGGGAAGUUGCCAGAAUUUGCUCGACCUUGGCAGAAUAUAGUUCCUCCUCUAGGUGCUACUGUUGAAAAAUGUUUACCAUACCCUGCAGAUGAAGAGGACCAUGGUAUAGUUCUGAUAGCCUUUAGAGGCCCUCUGGCUAAGGACCAGUACCGUUUUCAGUCAUUGGCAGUUUUACAGGAAUAUCUGUCGGACACAGCGAUAUCACCCCUUCAGAAAUUUUUUGUAGAAACAGAAGAUCCAUACUGUAGUCAGGUGAGCAGCUCAGUCAUUGAGAAUUCAGAGUCUUGUUUGUAUUUUAUGUUUCAAGAUGUAAACACAGAAAAGCUUCGUGAUAUCAAACCGAAAUUCUUGGAAGUUAUGAAGAAAACAAUGACUGAUAGUUUAGAUAUGACCAGAAUGCAAAAUAUUAUUCAUAGAAAAGUUCUAGAAGCUUUGAAUAAUGUAGAAGAAUGUCCACAUGAUUCUAUAGCUUUUAUCAUUAUUGGAGAUUUCCUGUAUGGGGAUACAAAAGAGGAUCUUGAAUCAAGAGUGAAGAACAUUUCACUGUUCAAGAAGAUGAAAUCAGAAUCGGAAGAUUACUGGAAAGAUCUAAUGAAGGCAUAUUACAAUGACAAACCACAUGUUGUAAUUAUAGGAGAACCCAGUCAGAAAGAGAUGGUAGAAAUGGCAGAAACUGAGAAAAAAAGAGUUCAAGACCAACAAAAGGAACUUAAAGAAGAAGGGUUGAAACAAAAAGGAGAACAACUCAAAAAUGCCACUGAACAAAAUGAAAAAGAAGCACCAGAGUCUAUGCUUACAAAUGUAACAGUGCCAGAUGUUUCCAAGAUCAACUUCCAUUCCCUGAAAACCUCUUGUAAUUAUGCAAAAUCUGAUACAAUUGACAAGUUUCCAUUAUCCGAGAUUCCAUGUAAAUUUCAACUAGAUGACAUCAAGACCAAUUUUGUUGAGGUGAAUGCCUUAUUAGACUCAUCUGAGUUAUCUGAAGAAGAUCGAUAUUAUCUACCAUUAUUUUGUGAAGUGAUCUUUGAAAGUCCAAUUCUUCGUAAUGGAGAACUAAUUGACCAUGAGGAAGUGAUCAAACAGCUAGAGGCAGAUACUAUAUCAUUCAGUGGACAAGUGGGUGUAGGGGGAUCAAAGUUUUUAUGUGGUACUUACCCACAAAUCGUACAAGUUGAGUUAAAGUUUGAAGAAGACAAGUACUUGAAAGGUAUUCAAUGGUUGAAAGACGUAUUGUUCCACACACAGUUCACGGCAGAAAGACUCAAAAUCGUAGCACAAAAAAUGGCAAAUAGCAUCUCAUCCUUAAAAAGAAGUGGUUUUAAAGUGGUCCGUACUGUAUUUCUAGAUCUGACAUAUACCAAAGGUUGUAACAUAACUGCUGCAAGUUUAGUCAGACAGGAAAAGUUUUUGAAAAAUUUACAAACUCAGCUUGAUGAAAAUAGUGAAAAGGUACUAAAAAUCAUGGAGAGGAUAAGGGAUUCCCUUACAGCAGAUUUAAGGAUUCAUUUAUCUCUUCAAGUUGACAAUGUUGCAAAAGUGUCGUCUGCUCUAGAAGAACCAUGGAAGGUAUUUGUGCCAAAAGAAAAACUGUCUACUACAUCUGUUGAUAAGGUAAAGGUAAAACCGUCAUUGGAGUUUAUAACUGCUGAAAAGCCUCACAGACAAAUUAUUAUUGGUGUUGGAUCAGUGGAGUCAUCAUUCCUUAUUCAAGCAGUGCCUUGUAUAUCAGAUUUCUAUCACAAAGAUCUACCAGCUGUUAUGGUCUUCAUCCAAUAUAUGACACAGCUUGAGGGUCCAAUGUGGAAACAGAUUCGUGGACUUGGACUGGCCUAUGGUUAUAGUAUGUAUGUGAAGCCAGAAAAGAACCUAUUGUUUUAUGUAUUGACAAAAUCCUCACACAUUGUGAAUGCUUAUGAGAAAGGCAAAAACAUUGUUAUGGGUUACAUCAAUGGUGAGAAUAGUUUUUCAGAGGUGGAAUUAGAAUCAGCCAGAAGUAGUCUAAUAUUUGAGAUUAUAGAAGAGGAGAAAACAGUUACUAAAGUAGCUCAGCAGUCACUGUUGUCUUACUUCAGAGGGGUGGAUCAUAACUACAAUAAGGAAAUGCUGAUGAAAAUAGCCGCAGUAACCAUUGAAGAUUUGAAGAGAAUUGGUUCUACAUACAUUGCACCGCUAUUUGAUUCAGACAAAGUGAGAACAGCUGUCUGCUGCAAUCCAUCCAAAGUUAAAGAAACAGCAAAUGAUUUCAAGCAAUUUGGAGUAAAUCUGACAGUCCUUGAUUCUUUAGAGGAGGAUUUUCUUUGUGGACUUUAAAUUCAUUCUAAUGGAAGUUAAAAUUUGUUGACAGUUAAAAAUAAAAGUUCUCUUUUAA